CUUUGUUGUUGGACGAGGUACUCAUUUUAAAACGUUUAUCGAAAAACGCAGUGACAGAAUACUAAAAAACUAGAGAAUUAGCUGAAAAAUUAAAAAUAAGUUCUAUACUGUAGUUAAAUGCAGUAUAUGAUAGAUUGCUAGUUAUAUCAUAAGCAGUCAAUGGUGGAUUGAACGAUUCGCUAUUAAAAUAACCAAAGAGAUAUAUUUGAUGCUAGUGGCUUGGCUGAAGGUCGUGGACGCUGCAGAAGCACCCCCUCAAUUACUUUAAUAGUUCUUCCUGCGAAUUUCAUCAAACGUACAAUUUUGGAAUAAGUUGAGGAAAACUCCCAAUAUCCUUAUCUGAAUACGCAAAAAAGGAAACAAUGUCGGGCAGCGAGGAUGGCCAAUUACGUAGUCCUAUGGAUGUCCAUAUGUUAAGGCCAAAAAGUGUGUACAUGUCCAAUGACCGAUGCGCGCGAUGGCCACGUAACAUAAUUAAACAAAAAAAUUUCCUAAACUAUCAAUUUUUUAAUAAAACAAAAAGAAAACCACAAAAUCAAACCACAACCAACGAUAAAGUCCCACCAGCAAACAAAACACAACAACAAACAAAUAAAAGAAUGGCUCAACAUGCAACAAAGCAUGCAUGCAAAGUAAAUGCACCUACACAGCUGCCUUAAAACAAUGAUGUGCCAUCUCUACUUUUUAUGGUUUUGUAAAUGGAAUAAGCUGUGCGUUCAAGACCAAAAGGACAAAAUGCGAUUCACAGAAACAAGUACAGCGGCACUAAAGCACAUUUAAAGCAGAAAGUAUAAAAAGAUAAAAAGAUGUAAAGGAUAUCAAAAAUCCAUAAACAGAGAGGAUUUCAUCUGGAUAAUCAGUAUCUUGACCGGUAAGGGUGGGAAGAGAGUGAAAACUACAUUAACGCGUAAAUUCGUAACCCUAUAUAAAAAGGGAGAUGUGUGUGCUUUAAAAAAUCUACACCAACUACCAUCCACAAAAACUGCGUAACGAUAACCCAAUAAAGCUUUUAUUGUAUUCUUCCACUCUGACCGUCCAUCUCCAUACAUCUCUAAAACAAAAUGCUUUGAUUUGUUGUUGUUUCUUUCCAAAAACAAAUGUUUUGUAUUUCAUAUCACUACAAAAAAAAUGAACACAAAUUCCCUUAAAGCCAUGAAACCAUGAAAAAGGUUGUCGACUUUGCUUUCCUUCUGUUCCCGCUCGAUGUUGAUUUACUUUUGACUUCAGCUGUUUGUUGGUGGCUAACAUUUUGCUUUGGAAUUGUAUUAUGACUGCAUCUCUCUCAGCGUGGCACAUGAUGACGGUGUACAUACAUUAUGUGUGGGGGUGUAGUGUUGUUGUUGGAUUGGUUGUAUGAACAUAUUGGGUCAAGGACAUCAGUGUGUGUGUAUGGGCGCAAAGUUAACGUCGACAAGUGGUGAUGACGAGGAGCAUGACACAGAUUCUUUGGACAUUAAGCCGCCUCAGGCUCAAGUGGCCAGAGACAUAUCGGGUUCAAGGCGUAAAGAAAGAUCCAAAGACAAAAAACAUUCCAAAGAACGCAGACAAAAGGAAAGGGAGCGUUAUACUGAAGGUUCGGCACGCGACAAGAAGGACUAUAGGGAACGCGAUGAAAGACAUGAGCGACGUGGCAGCGAUUUGGAUAGAAAAGAUAUGAAACGGUCCUAUGACCGUGAGGAAUAUUUGUCCAACAACGACAAGCGCUAUCACAAACACUACGAUCAUAUGGGUGUGGGAGAGAACAAUUCAAGAUCUCGAGGCGGCGGCGUUGGCAAUAUAUAUCAUCAAGAUGUAGGAGGUGGAGGUGGCUACCAUCAUGGACACGAACAUCAAUAUCAUCAGUAUCAUAUGCAGCAGCAGCGCACACAUUAUCCACCUCCGCAUUACCACCAUCAUCACCAUCAAACACCCACCGACGAUUACCAUCAGCAACAGCGGCAUCACCAACAAGCCUAUGAUAAUGCCCGCGCUCUUGCCAGCCAUAAACAUUAUGAACAGCGUAAAUACUACGAUCAGCCCAAAGAUCCCGAAAGUCUGGAACAAGAUCUGCGUUCUCGCCUAUUGAGCAAGCGUCAUAAAUAUGUUAAGGGCGAAGUUAUUGAAGUGGAUGACGUUUAUGAACGCCCCGAACGCCUAUACGAUGAACGAGAAGGCAAAUCCUUGAAGUCGGAGCGUCAUAAAGCCCGACGAAAAGACAGGGAAAAUAACGAUACGGCAGAAUACAUUGAGGACACUUCGGAUGGGGAGCAUCAACGAAGACGCAAAAAACAUAAGCGUCAUAAGGACAAGCAUGCCAAGCGUUAUGUGGAAGAUGAAGAUGAGGUAAUAGAAAUAGAUUCUGGUGAGCCAGCCAAAGCUGCUGUCGUGGUGGUGGAAGCUGAAAAGAAGAGUCCAGAAGAUCCCGAACUGAUAGCCAGACGGGCUAAAAUCCUUGCUGCCGAGCAGGAGAAGGAUAAACGUCGAGAUAUUGCUCGCAAAGAAUUAGAAGCACGUCGUGAACUAAUUCGUGAACGUAGUUCUACAACUAUUGUGGAUACUUUGAGUCCCACCGCCGUGGCGGCCAGUGUUACUGCCAGCUUACAUGUUAUCAAACGCAAACACAAUGAGAAGGAAGAGAAAACGAAACGCAAACGCUUAAAGAAAACCAAAGGAGGCGGAGAGGAAGACGACGAUGACGAGGACGAUUCCGAAUCGGAUUCUUCAGACGACUCGCAAGACAGUGACGAGGAGAAAAGUGGUGAAUCAGAUGACUAUCAAUCAGACCAAAGCGGGUAUAAAAAGUCCAAGUCGAAGAGUAAGAAAACUGGCCACGGUAGUGAGAGAGAAAUUUCUGAUGCCGACAGUCCUCUAUCCAUAGGUGAACUUUCAAAAUCUCCAGCUGAUGGCAAAUCUAAGACAAUGAAAAAGAAAGCCAUGAAAAGUAGAUACAAGGAGGAUGAAGAGGCUUAUGAAGGCAAAUCUGUGGAUAAGCAUAAAAAAAGGUCGGAGACAAUUUCAUUAUCGCCCAGCUCCAAUUCACGCUCCCGUUCCCACACGCCAACACGUUCUAGAUCGAGGUCGCGUUCCAAAUCAUAUAAUUCGGGCAGUUCUAGGUCGAGAUCUCACUCAAGUUCUCUGUCAUCCGAACGCAGCCGUUCCAGAUCAAGAUCACGCUCUCAUUCUCACUCUCGACGUUCCCGAUCCAGUUCUCGUUCGGAUUCGCGAUCUAGAACAUCGCGCAGUCGUAGCGGAUCACGCAGUAGAUCAAGGUCUCGUUCACGCUCGGAAGAACGGGAUAUGAAAGCGAAUUCUCACCGUGAGGAAAAAGAAAAUCGUGACAAUGAGAAUGACCGCAAAAAAACAGAUGAUCAAAGCGAUGCUCCAAUUUUGGACGACAAAGGCAAUCCUCUGCCCAAUUAUUUCCCAGGGAUUCAGGGCUGUCGCUCGGUUGAGGAAUUCCAAUGUCUCAACCGCAUAGAGGAGGGCACAUAUGGUGUGGUUUACCGGGCCAAAGACAAACGUACUAACGAAAUUGUCGCUCUCAAGCGUUUGAAAAUGGAAAAGGAAAAAGAAGGUUUCCCCAUAACGUCACUGCGUGAGAUCAACACCCUUCUGAAAGGGCAACAUCCCAAUAUUGUGACAGUGCGCGAAAUUGUGGUCGGCUCAAAUAUGGAUAAAAUUUUCAUAGUAAUGGAUUAUGUAGAGCAUGAUCUAAAGUCUUUGAUGGAGACUAUGAAGGCGAAAAAGCAAUCAUUCUUUCCUGGAGAAGUAAAAUGUCUGACGCAGCAGCUUCUGAGGGCGGUGGGCCACUUACACGACAAUUGGAUAUUGCAUCGUGAUUUGAAAACGUCGAAUCUUUUGCUCUCCCACAAAGGCAUCCUAAAGGUGGGUGAUUUUGGUUUGGCACGGGAAUACGGUUCUCCCCUUAAGAAGUACACAUCACUAGUGGUUACCUUAUGGUACAGGGCACCAGAAUUGCUGUUAUGCUCACCAGAGUACUCUACGCCUAUUGAUAUAUGGUCGCUGGGCUGUAUAUUUGCUGAAUUUCUACAAAUGGCGCCUCUGUUCCCUGGCAAAACCGAAGUGGAUGAGCUGAAUAAGAUAUUUAAAGAACUGGGUACACCCAACGAAAAGAUUUGGCCAGGUUACAAUGAAUUACCCGCGGUGAAAAACAUGCUUAGUCAAAAUUCUCAAUUUGCCGACUAUCCUGUCUCGAGUCUGCGCAAACACUUUGCGGACAAAACAAGUGAUAUGGGCAUAGAACUUCUGCAAGGGCUGCUCACAUACAAUCCCAAGCAGAGACUGACAGCAGAGGGAGCGCUAAAGCAUCAAUACUUUAAGGAGCUGCCUGUACCCAUCGAUCCAUCCAUGUUUCCCACAUGGCCUGCCAAAAGUGAGUUGGGUGCCCGUAAGGCCAUGGCCUCUUCGCCCAAACCGCCUAGUGGCGGUUCCCAAUUCAAACAGUUGGGUCGUGAUGAUGUGGCUGCUGGAGGCGGCAGUGGUAGCAAACUCAUAUCCGGCAUUAUCACAGGCAACAAGAAAUCAUCGGCCAACACAGGGUUUGUUCUGAACUCGGGAAUCGAGCAACGACAGCUAGCCAUGGGACCGGGUUUCAAUUUAAAAUUUUAAAAGGUGGUUAUUUUGAAGUUUUUUUUAUUUUAAAUCAAUUUAUAGUUUAAUUCAGAUUCACAUAAGUAUACAUAGCGUUUAAAAUUUUUUGAUUUCUUCCAUGUCCCUCUUCCCGAUCUGUUCAUUAUAGAGUUUUCAUUAAGUUACUUUGAAAUGCGUGAAUAACAUCCGAUUUCUAUUUUCUACUACUAAUUAUUCCUUCAUUGAAAUAUUAAUAACAUUUCUUAAGAUACUUUUUAAAAACAAAAAGAAAACUUUUUCAUUUUUAUUUACAAAUCACGUGUUAGUUGUAAGCUUUACAAAGAAAAGAACAAAAACAACAAACCAGAAUAAAAGAAAAAAAUGUGUAAAAAAUGAUAUACAACAACAAAAUACAUAUAGUUUUGGAUAAAAACUCAAUCAAAACCAA